AUGACCUACAAAGUCCUCGUCUACGCCCAUCGACUCCCCGGAGUAUCUCCGGAAUUGUUCAAGCAGCGAUACGAAGCCCACAUUGACCUCUUCAAGCGCCUCGUCGGCGACGCCUUCCCUCUUUCCCACCGGCGUGUCUACAUUGCGCGCACCCGCACCGACACAACGCCGCAGGACGCUUCUCCCGUCUGCCACAACGCAAACACCCCGGCGACGGUCAUCGUCGGCCAACAGUCUGACUAUGAUUACGACUGUCUGGCCGAAAUGACCUUUGCGGAUCAGACCAGCUGGGAGGCCUGCGUGGAAAGGGUCCGUGCCCCUGAGAUCAGUGCGCAGAUUGCAGCUGAUGAGGACGGUUUCUUUGACCGUUCAAAGACUGGAGUGGUUGUUGUGGGGGAUGUUUUCGAAACGCGGAAGUAG